CCCGGGUGCUGGAAAACUGCGAGGACGAGGCCAGGUUUGAGGAGACUUUCCGCUGGCCGGUGGCGACCGAGAUCGACGGGAACGAGAUCCUGGAGAUCCAGGUGUUCAACUACAGCAAGGUCUUCGCCAACAGGCUGAUCGGAACGUUCCGGAUGGUCCUGCAGAAGGCGGUGGAGGAAGGGCGGCUGGAGGUGACGGACACGCUCAUCGACGACAACAAUUCCGCCAUCCAGACCAGCAUCUCCAUCGGGAUCCGCUACCAGGCUCUGGAUGGGACGGUGGGCACCUGGAACGACAAGGAAUUCCUGGAGACGCACUCGGAAGGGGAUGGAAGGUAUUCCUUGGAGACCGACAGCCUCCUGUCCAGCCACCGGCACGGCUCCGACGCCUCUCCCGGGAAAUCCAACCGGGAAUCCACGGAGAGGAGCUUCAGGAGGAUGGAAGAGGACGAGCUGUAUUUCCACAGCGAGGACGAACUCCUGGGAGAGGGGGAUUCCCUGAGCCAGGGAUCCCAGGACACGAGCGAAGACCCGGAGGAUCGCAGAUCCAAGGCCAAAGGGAAAGAGAGAAAACACCUGGCGUUGCCCUUCAGCAAAGGCAAGGAGAAGACCAAGGAGCACAAAGCUGGGAAAGGAGUUUUUUCCGCCAUGAAGCUUGGGAAGACGCGCCCGUCCAAGGAUGAGCAUCGGAAGCAAGACGAUCCGGCUGUUUUGGAAACGGAAGACCUGGAUGGAAAGGGCAGGAGAUACGGAGCGGGCCUGGAGCCGGACGCCGUGUCCCUGGCCUCCGUCACCGCCGUCACCACCAACGUCUCCAACAAGAGGUCCAAGCCCGACAUCAGGAUGGAGCCGAGCGCCGGGAGACCCAUGGAUUACCAGGUGAGCGUCACCGUCAUCGAGGCCCGGCAGCUGGUGGGGCUGAACAUGGAUCCGGUGGUUUGCGUGGAAGUUGGCGAGGAGAAGAAAUUCACUUCCAUGAAGGAAUCCACAAAUUGUCCCUACUACAACGAGUAUUUCGUCUUCGAUUUCCACGUCCCCCCCGACGUCAUGUUCGACAAGAUCAUCAAGCUCUCCGUGAUCCACUCCAAAAACCUCCUGCGGAGCGGGACGCUGGUGGGAUCCUUCAAGAUGGAUGUCGGGACUGUUUACACGCAACCCGAGCACCAGUUCUACCACAAAUGGGCCAUCCUCUCCGACCCCGAGGACCUGACGGCCGGCCUCAAGGGCUACCUCAAGUGUGACAUCGCCGUGGUGGGAAAAGGGGACAACAUCAAGACCCCGCACAAGGCCAACGAGACGGACGAGGACGACAUCGAAGGGAACCUCCUGCUCCCGGACGGGGUCCCCCCGGAGCGGCAGUGGGCUCGGUUCUACGUCAAGAUCUACCGCGCCGAGGGGCUGCCGCGGAUGAACGCCAGCAUCAUGGCCAACGUCAAGAAGGCCCUCAUCGGGGAGAACAAGGACCUGGUGGACCCCUACGUGCAGGUGGCCUUCGCGGGGCAGAAGGGAAAGACAUCCGUACAAAAGAGCAGCUACGAGCCCCUCUGGAACGAGCAAAUCAUCUUCACGGAGAUGUUCCCCCCACUGUGCAAGCGGAUCAAGAUCCAGAUCCGGGACUCGGACAAGGUCAACGACGUGGCCAUCGGGACCCAUUUCAUCGAUCUGAGGAAGAUCUCCAACGAAGGCGACAAAGGUUUCCUGCCCACCUUCGGCCCCGCCUGGGUGAACAUGUACGGCUCCACCCGGAACUACACCCUCAUGGACGAGCACCAGGAGCUCAACGAGGGCCUGGGCGAGGGCGUCUCCUUCCGCGCCCGGCUCCUGCUGGGCCUGGCCGUGGAGAUCCUGGACACCACCAACCCCGAGAUCAACAGCUCCACCGAGGUGCAGGUGGAGCAGGCCACGGCCGUGGCUGACAACUGCAGCGGGAAGAUGGAGGAAUUCUUCCUCUUCGGAGCCUUCCUGGAGGCCACCAUGAUCGACAGGAAGAUUGGGGACAAACCCAUCAACUUCGAGGUCACCAUAGGUAACUACGGCAACCAGGUGGAUGGCUGCAGCAAACCCCUCCUGCGGAGGAAGAAGGAGGGAGGGGACGGGGACGAGGAGGAGUCGGAGCUGCUCCAGAACUCCAGUGAGGAUGAAGGCGGUGAGGAUGGAGAGAUGGUUUCCGUUUCUUCAUCCCAGCCCAUGAAGCCCCUGGUUACGGACAGGAAUUACUUCCACCUGCCCUACCUGGAGAAGAAGCCCUGCAUCUACAUCCGGAGCUGGUGGCAGGACCAGCGGCGCCGGCUCUACAACGCCAACAUCAUGGACAAGAUCGCGGAUAAACUGGAGGAGGGUCUCAACGACGUGCAGGAGAUGAUCAAGACGGAGAAGCCGCACCCCGAGCGCCGGCUCCGGGGGGUCCUGGAGGAGCUGAGCAGCGGCUGCCUGCGCUUCCUGAGCUUGGCCGACAAGGAGCAGCACCACUCGUCCCGCACGAGGCUGGACCGGGAGAGGCUCAAAUCCUGCAUGCGGGAGCUGGAGAACAUGGCCCAGCAGGCCACGGCCCUGCGCUCCCAGGUCAAGAGGAACACCACGAAGGACAAGCUGAAGCUGGUGCAGAACUUCCUGCAGAAGCUGCGGUUCCUGGCGGAUGAGCCCCAGCACACGAUUCCCGACGUUUUCAUCUGGAUGAUGAGCAACAACAAGCGCGUCGCCUACGCCCGCGUCCCUUCCAAGGACAUCCUGUACUCCAUCGUGGACGAGGAGAUGGGCAAGGACUGCGCCAAAGUGAAGACGGUUUUCCUCAAGCUCCCUGGGAAGAGGGGCUUCGGCCCCGCUGGCUGGACAGUCCAGGCCAAGAUGGAGAUCUACCUGUGGCUGGGCCUCAACAAGCAGCGCAAGGAUUUCCUGAGCGGCCUCCCCUGUGGCUUCGAGGAGAAGAAAGUCCCCCGAGCCCAAAACCUUCCCUCCUUCCCACCCAUCAGCCUCCUGUACACCAAGAAACAGGUGUUCCAGCUGCGAGCCCACAUGUACCAGGCCAGGAGUUUGUUCGCAGCCGACAGCAGCGGCCUCUCGGAUCCCUUCGCGCGCGUCUUCUUCAUCUCCCAGAGCCAGUGCACCGAGGUUCUCAACGAGACCCUUUGCCCGACCUGGGACCAGCUCCUGGUGUUCGACAACGUGGAGCUGUACGGGGAAGCUCACGAGAUGCGGGACGACCCCCCCAUCAUCGUCAUCGAGAUCUAUGACCAGGACACCGUGGGAAAAGCCGACUUCAUGGGCCGGACGUUCGCCAAGCCGGUGGUGAAGAUGUCGGACGAGCAGUACUGCCCGCCGCGCUUCCCGCCGCAGCUGGAAUAUUACCAGAUCUACCGCGGCAACGCCACGGCCGGGGACCUGCUGGCUGCCUUCGAGCUGCUCCAGAUCGGCCCUGGGGGUAAAUCAGACCUGCCUCCAAUCGACGGCCCCACGGACAUGGACCGAGGUCCCAUCCUGCCCGUGCCUCUGGGAAUUCGGCCGGUGCUGAGCAGAUACAGAGUGGAGAUCCUGUUCUGGGGGCUCAGGGACCUGAAGAGAGUGAACCUGGCCCAGGUGGACCGGCCCCGAGUGGACAUCGAGUGUGCCGGGAAGGGCGUCCAGUCUGCCCUGAUCCAGAACUACAAGAAAAACCCCAACUUCAGCACUUUGGUCAAGUGGUUCGAGGUGGACCUCCCGGAGAACGAGCUGCUGCACCCGCCGCUGAACAUCCGCGUGGUGGAUUGCCGCGCCUUCGGGCGCUACACCCUGGUGGGCUCCCACACCGUCAGCUCGCUGCGCAAGUUCAUCUACCGCCCUCCCGACCACGGAGCCCAGCCCUGGAACGCGGCAGGGGAGAUCGUUGUCAACAUGGAACCCGAGGUUCCCAUCAAGAAGAUGGACACGAUGGUGAAGCUGGAGGCUAACUCCGACGCAGUGGUGAAGGUGGACGUGACCGAGGAGGAGAAGGAGAAAAAGAAGAAGAAGAAGAAAGGAGGAGGAGGUGGGGAGGAGGUGGAGGAGGAGGAGCCGGACGAGAGCAUGUUGGACUGGUGGUCCAAGUACUUCGCUUCCAUUGAGACGAUGAAGGAGCAACUCCGGCAGCAGGAAGCAGCUGCGGCAGAAGCAGAGGACAAGGAGGAGAUGGAGAUCGGAGAGGGCUCCAAGGCUCAGGUGAAGAGCAAGGACAGGUCCAAGGCACCCAAGGACGACAAGAAGAAGAAGCAGCAGCCAGUCCCUGAGCUCCCCGAGAAGAAGAACAAGCAGAAGAUCGAUGAGCUCAAGGUCUUCAACAAAGAGCUGGAAGCAGAGUUUGACAACUUUGAGGAUUGGCUGCACACCUUCAACCUGCUCCGGGGGAAGAUCGGGGACAACGAUGACAACGCCACGGAGGAGGAGCGGAUAGUGGGGAGGUUCAAAGGCUCCAUGUGCGUCUACAAAGUGCCGCUCCCUGAUGACAUCACCAAGGAGGCGGGAUAUGACCCCACCUUCGGGAUGUUCCAGGGGAUCCCCAGCAACGAUCCCAUCAAUGUGCUGGUCCGAGUCUACAUCGUGCGGGCCACGGAUCUCCACCCGGCUGACAUCAACGGGAAAGCCGAUCCCUACAUCGCCAUCAAGCUGGGCAAGACGGACAUCAAGGACAAGGAGAACUACAUCUCCAAGCAGCUGAACCCCGUCUUUGGGAAAUCCUUUGACAUCGAGGCCACCUUCCCCAUGGAGUCCAUGCUGACCGUGGCUGUGUACGACUGGGACCUGGUGGGCACCGACGACCUCAUCGGGGAGACCAAGAUCGACCUGGAGAACCGCUUCUACAGCAAGCACCGGGCGACCUGCGGGGUGUCCCAGACCUACUCCAUCCAUGGAUACAAUACCUGGCGUGACCCCAUGAAGCCCUCCCAAAUCCUGUCCAAGCUGUGCAAAGAGGGAAAAGUAGAUGGGCCGCACUUUGGGCCAGGGGGAAGAGUGAAAGUUGCCAACAGAGUCUUCACCGGCCCCACGGAGAUCGAGGAUGAAAAUGGCCAGAAGAAGCCGACGGACGAGCACCUGGCACUGGCAGUGCUGCGGCACUGGGAGGACAUCCCACGGGCCGGCUGCCGCCUUGUCCCCGAGCACGUGGAGACGCGGCCGCUGCUCAACCCCGACAAGCCGGGCAUCGAGCAGGGCCGCCUGGAGAUGUGGGUGGACAUGUUCCCCAUGGAUAUGCCGGCACCCGGCCCUGCCAUCGAUAUUUCUCCCAGGAAACCCAAGAAGUACGAGCUCAGGGUGAUCGUGUGGAACACUGACGAGGUCAUCCUGGAGGAUGACGACUACUUCACCGGCGAGAAGUCCAGUGACAUUUUUGUCAGGGGGUGGCUGAAGGGGCAGCAGGAGGACAAGCAGGACACGGAUGUCCAUUAUCACUCCCUCACUGGUGAAGGCAACUUCAACUGGCGUUACAUCUUCCCCUUCGACUACCUGAUGGCCGAGGAGAAGAUCGUCAUCUCCAAGAAGGAGUCCAUGUUCUCCUGGGAUGAGACAGAGUAUAAGAUCCCAGCCCGCCUCACCCUGCAGGUCUGGGAUGCCGACCACUUCUCGGCUGACGAUUUCCUGGGGGCCAUCGAGCUGGAUCUGAACCGCUUCCCCCGGGGAGCCAAAACGUCCAAGCAGUGCAGCCUGGAGAUGGUGACCAACGAGGCCGAGCUGCCCAUGAUCUCCAUCUUCAAGCAGAAGAGGGUCAAGGGCUGGUGGCCGUUUGUGGCCAGAGAUGAGAAUGACGAGCUGGAGAUCACCGGCAAAGUCGAGGCUGAGCUGCACCUUCUGACAGCGGAGGAGGCUGAGAAAUCCCCCGCUGGGCUGGCUCGAAAUGAGCCAGAUCCCCUGGAAAAACCCAAUCGCCCGGAUACGUCAUUCAUCUGGUUCCUGAACCCUCUCAAGUCCAUCAAAUACCUCAUCUGCACCCGCUACAAGUGGCUCAUCAUCAAGAUCGUGCUGGCCCUGCUGCUCCUCAUCAUGGUGGCCCUGUUCCUCUACAGCAUGCCGGGAUACAUGGUCAAGAAGCUGCUGGGAGCAUGAAGGGCAGGAGCCCCUUACGCACCCCAUGCACAACCUUCCCAGCUCCAUGUCCUCCUCCCGGUGACCUCUGGGCAGCCCUACGGGCAUCUUCUCCCUGCUGCUGCUGUUGUAGCUGCUGGGUCUCCUCUGCAUUCUUUCUCUGUGGGUCCCAGUCAGGCUUUAGUCCCAAGGGAAUGGGGUGGGAGCACUGCACAAAUCCCCAGAUUCCUGCACUGGGGCUGGGAGAGGUGCCCAGCUGGCUCCUGUGGGAGUCUCCAGGGCCUCCAUCCAUUGGGGUUGUGGCUGGUGCCUUCCUGGGAAUCAGGGGAAGGAGAGAGGAGCUGGGGCUGCAUCACGGGAGCUGUGGGAGUGCUCUAGGAAGGCUCCUUAGAGGGAUGUUCGGAAUCCAGGAUGGAGCAGGGAGGUGGGAUGGAGCAGCUGGGGAUGUGCCAGCCCCACCAGAGUGAGGGCACAGGGCGUCCCCAGUGCCUGUCCCCACUGCCAGCACCGCCCCUGCUCCACUUGGAGCUCUGGAGGUCACAUUGCCUGGCACAGGGAUCUGUCCCACCUCAGGAAUGUUGGUCAUGGUGUCCCAGCAGACCCUGCAGAGAGCCCUGGGGUGGGCCAGGGGCAGACCCUGCCCUUUCCUCCCAUGGCUCCGGCAGGGACUGUGAUGUGUCCCACAGCUCAAACGUCUUCCCAAGAUCACCCACCCACACGUGGCUGUGGCUGGACAUCCCCAGGGCUCACAGAGCCUCUGGCACAGUGUGAGCUCCCGUUGUCCUUCUGGAUUCUCUGUGUAUUUUGUUUGGCUUGGUAAUUCUUGUGGCUGGAGUCCUUCCGGCCGUGUGUCCUCAGGAAGGGCUCUUUCCUCGGCUCUCCACGAUAUCCAGCUGCUGCAGAGACACCUUUCUCAGCUCCCGGUGUUCAAGACCCCCACAGAAGAACUGAGGACAUCUCAGAGAUGUUUUAAUGAGGAUAUUACUAUUCCAACCAGUCAAUAAAAACCAGCUUUCACAUCCGGGUUCUUGUGGUAGUGGGUGUCAUGGUUCGACACUGGCCAAACGCCUAUGAAAGCAGUUUCUUCAAAAGAAAAUUAGCAAAGGGUUGAUGAGCUGAGAUAAGAAUUGGGAGAAAAACACUCUAAGGGCAAAACAGGUUCAAAUUUAAAGGUAUAAAGUAAAUUUAUUAUUAACAGAGUCAGAGGAGCAUCAUGAGAAAUAAAAGAAGCUUUUUAAACACUCUUCUCCCCCCUCUGCCCCUCCCUCUUUCCUGUGAGCGACUAAUGCACGGACUCAGAGCAGUGCAGAUACUCAGACAUUUAUUGUGAGAAACAAACUGGUUUCAUACACUUCUUCAAGACACAGAAUUUCCUUAUAAGGUAUGUCUUCACUUGCCGUGUCAGCAACACACUUUCAUGUCCUUAUACGUGGGUGAUUGUGUGCUGGCAGGCUCCAGCAGGUUCCUCUCUGUGAUGCCGGGAGAGGCUGCCUGGAACAGAGGCUCGACAGAGUUAAAGGAAUUAAGUGGGUAUUUAUUAAAAGGUCUUCAUAGGAUGCACCUUGGGCAGUACAAGAGCCUGGCCAAGGCUCUACCCAAAAUGGACCAGGGAUCACAAGUUUUAACACUUUAAUAAGUUUUAUCCCUUUACAUAUUGGGGUUAAUUGUCCAAUGACAGCUUCAGGUGAUGAAGUCCCAUCCUCCCAGUUUGCUCUCCUCAAUUUGCUGUUGUUUCUACUUCUUUUACACUCAAGACACCACCCAUAGGGCAUCUGCCACUUCUCAUUUCUUCCCCCCAAGUUCAGGCACAGACGAGCUUCUCUGUGUCCAAUUCCAUCUUACCUCUCUCUUCACUUUCCCACCAAUGGCACAGGGAGACAGAGUGCGGGAGCUUUUGGUCAGUUUGUUAACCGAGAUCUUACUCAGUUGCUCAGGGAGAGGUGGCUUUUCUCUGCUAUUCCGUGGCGUCCCUCCCACGAGAAAAGCAGUUUUCCCAGAACUGCUAUGGCGUGGGUUGUUGGUCCAUGGAGUGUAGUCUUUUAAGGAUAGGCUGCUCUAGUUUGGAAGCAAGGGCCCUGUCUCUCUCUCAUUGGGUCUCCCACAGGUGUCUUAGUUAGAAAGACCAGUGUCUGCUAGGGCAGGGCCUCCCUUGGAAUGGAGAAUUCAACCCCCUUCCCUCUGAAUGAUUAUAAUUUUGAAAAUUAAGGAGGCUCCUAGGCAAAGGCAUGGGGACAGGAAUAACAGUUCUUUACUAGUAUGUACAGCGGGGCAGGAAAACAACAGCCACAGCAUUAACAACAAAACAGAACCAGGGGCCCAGUAACAGCUUCCCUGACUGCAGUACUUUCCCCAUUGCUGCAGUUCCAGUCGCAGCCAGCAGGGGCGCUGCUGGCUUCCGGCCGGCAGAGCGGGUGCGAUUAUCCCCACGUGGCUGCAGGGGGUGCUGUGGUGCUGGCCCGGUGUGGCGGUUUCAUGCAGAUUUUGGGAGAGACCCUCCCACGGGGCUCCCCCUCCCCUCCUCCAACCGGUUCGGGAAAAGACUUCCUCAGAGAGAAGUGGAAAAAAAACCUGUUUAUUAAACAGGCAAAGCACUCCCAGCACAAUCCCCGAUGACAAGAGCUUCGUGCCGCUUACGGAGGGAUAACAAACUUAAAGAUCCUUUUGAGGAUCGUCACUGUGCUCCACUGCUCUGUCUCCGCUGAUGUUGGGAGAAAAGGAGAUGUGCAGGGCUGGUCUUGGUGGGGUGGGUCCCCUGUGGAGGCCCCCGGAGCUUCCCCCAGGUCCUUAGUCCGGAGAGGUUGGAACA